AUGCAGUCCAAGCGGGAGUGUGAGCUGUGGUGUGAGAGGGUGAAUCCAGAGAACAAGGCGGCGCUGGAGGCGUGGGUCAGGGAGACGGGCAUCCGCCUGGUGCAGGUGAACGGGCAGAGGAAGUAUGGCGGGCCACCCCCAGGAUGGGUGGGCAGCCCGCCGCCGGCCGGGUCAGAAGUGUUUAUCGGGCGGCUGCCCCAGGAUGUGUACGAGCACCAGCUGAUCCCACUGUUCCAGCGCGUGGGCCGCCUCUACGAGUUCCGCCUGAUGAUGACCUUCAGCGGCCUGAACCGCGGCUUCGCUUACGCCCGCUACAGCUCGCGACGCGGCGCCCAGGCCGCCAUCGCCACGCUGCACAACCACCCGCUGCGGCCGUCCUGCCCGCUGCUCGUGUGCCGCAGCACCGAGAAGUGCGAGCUAAGUGUGGACGGCUUGCCGCCGGGCCUGAGCCGCCAAGCGCUGCUGCUCGCGCUGCAGCCGCUGGGGCCCGGCCUGCAGGAGGCGCUGCUGCUGCCCAGCCCCGGGCCGGCGCCCGCGCAGAUCGCAUUGCUCAAGUUCAGCUCGCACCGCGCCGCAGCCAUGGCCAAGAAGGCCCUGGUGGAAGGGCAGUCACGCCUCUGUGGAGAACAGGUGGCCGUGGAGUGGCUUAAGCCAGACCUGAAGCAGCAACUCCGCCAGCAGCUCAAGUGUCCCUCUCUACAGUGCCUACAGCCAGAGGGCAGCCAAGUAGCCCUGGCCAGGGACAAGGGGCUGGAGUCCCAAGGUGCUCGGGCUGCCCUGCAGCUGCUGUGCCAACGGAUGAAGUUGGGCAGCCCACUGUUCCUCACCAAGUGUUUGGGCACAAGCUCUGCUGGCUGGCACCGAUUCUGGUACCAGGUGGUGAUCCCUGGGCAUCCAGUGCCCUUCAGUGGCCUCAUUUGGGUUGUGCUGGCCGCCAGUGGGCAGGAUGGGCAUGAGGCGGCCAAGGAUGCUGUGUCUGCAAGGCUGCUGGAGGCACUGAGUCUGGGGCCAGACUGGUCGCCGGGGGCUGAGGCAGGAGGUACCAGUGUUCAGCAGUGA